AUGACUGUGGUCCCCGCGCUGUCGGAGCCUCCGGCGCAGCAGCCCAAGGGAAAUUGGAAGACAAGGAAACCCGAACUCAUCCGUGAGCUCCAGUUACAUCCGACCGUCAACAGAAGAGUUCGCUUUGUUAUCGGCGGGCACUCGCUGCUACAGAAGAGCAAGGCAAUUGCUCGUCCCACGAGACGCCCCAGCGCAACUGCCCUCAGUCUCGUGAGCAGCGUCAGACAGCGACAGCUUGCUGACGCCGACGUCGCCGACUGGUUUGCGCCCAUCAAGAAUGGCAUAAACCUCGACGUGGCACGGCCGAGCAGCGGCGUCUGGUUCAAGUGGCAGUACGAUAAGUCGCAGAUGCAGGCGAUCGUAGAGGCGGGCUUUGCGUCUGUUCGCAUAUUCAUGCCCUAUGCCGCCAAGCUGGAGGAGACGCAAGAACAGAUCGAAGACGCGCUGGACGCCGGGCUCUCUAUCGUCGUGUGCAUGUGGGGCCUCAACGACUGGGCGAGCAACGUGGCGAAGGGCGAGAGGGAGAUCGCCAACGGCGGGUCCAACGGCGAAGGGUGGGGGCCGCUAGCCCUCGCAUGGAAGGGCUUCUCCAAUCGGCUCGUCUUCGAGGUGCUGAAUGAGCCAGAAGGCAUCGGCUUUGCCAAGACCAGCGCGGGCAACACCAACGCGAUGAAGAUGUAUAACGCGGCGGUGCAGGCUAUCCGCAACGCUGAUCCCGACCGCCCGAUUCUAGUCGGCAGCCCAGGGCUCAACGACGCCGAGCUUCUCGAGUAUGUGACCCGGCAGAGCCUCCCGUACACCUUUCUUGACGGCGGCCAUUUUCACAACGAUCCGAACAUGGGCGUGGCGAUCCACUUCUACGAGCCGAGGCACCCCUCAAUAGUACCUGGCAUCACCAACGCGCAGCAGACCAACUUCGCGAUGUGGAUCGGCAGCCUGACACAAGCGGAUUCGGAGUGGCGGGACGGGAUCAAGGUGUGGCAAGCGCCGAUCAAGCUGCAGUUUGACUUUGUGGACGAUUGGCGCAACAUGGUGGGCCACUCCAACAUCCCCGUCGCAACCACCGAAUGGGGCUGCUGGAUGUGGGAGAGCCGCAGCCAGAGCGACGACUUCCGGCGGUGGCUCGACUACACAAUGGAGCAGUUCGCUGCGCACGAUGUCGGCCAGAUGUGGUACGUGGGAGUCAUGUCCAACCAGUACGCCUACACCAUUUUCGACUCGGAGACCGGCUGGGACGCCGCCAUACUCCCCAAGCUGACGGGAGAGCAGCCGCCAACGAGUUGGCCGCCGAUCAACCAGAUGCUCAACGGCGAGUUCCUGCGCACUUCGUGGUCGGACGCGACGCAGGCGCUCCCGUGGGUCGCGACCGGCGUCCAAAUGGUGAUCAUCGACGAUUGCCGCGCUGCGUUUGGCACUUACGACUGCGGGGAUGCCGGCUUCAGCGGCAGCACCAUGCUCAAGCUGGAGGGCACAGGCGGCCAGCUGUCGAUUCAGACGUACCCUGCCGGAGAUGGCACGACUGGCUCUCCGCCCUUUGAGGGAAUCUACGGUCCGCAGGGCCGGACAAUGCUGCACCUCACCCAGGGCGCGAGCUACAGCCUGCGGUUCCUCGCCGGCACCAGAGCGGGAUCGCAAGGGGUCGUGCGCGCGCGGCUCAAGGCGGCAGGAGGCGCCUUGAUCCACCAGUUCAAUGCGAUCACGGUCUCGGGCCCGCCCACGGCCAGCCACCAACUGAGCUACACUCAUAGCGCCGCCGACGCGAUGGACGUGCGCCUCGAGUUCGACUUUGGAGCGGCACAACAAGUUAUCUACCUCGACAAGGGCGACACAUUCAUCCUCGGGAGCGAGACUCUGACUAUCACCAGCUUUGACGGAUAUGACCGCCGUCGUUCGCUCGUUGCCACUGCCCGCUUGCUCUCCGAGACGGAUGUCACCGUUUCCUUCACACCAGCACUGACGAGCAACUACCCUGCUAGCUUCACAGAGACACUGUCGGCGCCGUCACCGCCUCUCUCCUCGCCUCUCUCGCCGCCGUCCGGCGCACUCGAGCUCUCCGGAGACGAUGGCAGCGAUAACUUCCUCCUCCUCCUUCUCGCCGUAAUUCUCGCGGCGCUUGUUGGUAUCCUCAUCAUCGUUGUCGUUUUGGUCGUCUUUGUGCGGCGCGCCGGGGAGGCUCGCCAGGCUGAGCGGCAGCAAAGGGGGAAGAGCCCCGCAAGCUCGCAUGGCGAGCGGGCGAGCGUUCACGCGUAUCUCUAG